AUGGAGGGAGAAUUUUGUAAAAAGGUUGACCUCAAUAUCAGCUUCGAUCUCCCUGCAAAUGCCCCUCAAGGCCAUCCCCAUCUCCUCAAUUUUGAAAGACCUCAAAACAAUCCUGAUCUCCCAAAAUCUAAGAAGCCCAAAUCAUAUCAGAUUCAAUUUCCGGAAGAUUUGUCUUUGAUCGAUGUCUUAGCAACUAUACUCUUCUACUGGAAACCGACAGCACUUCAUCACCUCCUCGACGUUGAAAUCGAACAAUUUUAUUGUGCAGCUGAAUGGGAAGAGUACAAAGGAAAAUACAAUUAUCCAGAUAGACUCAUGUACGUACACCGCUUGGGCCAGUAUGUUCGAAUUGUAGAAAUUGACGAUGUGGAAUUGCGUACUGAGGUAUCUUAUCGAAUUUGCAAUGAUGGAAAAUGGAAGAUCAUGAGCGCUCAAGAAUACGGACCUACGAAAAAGCGCAUGCAUCUGAUACCUUCAGAAGGAGUAGAAAGAUGCGCCUGUAAAGAAAUCGAGAAGAAAAUGGCUCGGCGUAUGGCUCAGCAAUAUCUGACCGAUGUUAUACUCCGAGAUAGGAUUUUCCCAUUUUUGACUUACGAGCCUGAAGCUAAGAGUACGAAGGGGCAGGAAUCAAAGGCAACUACUACAGAUGAGCUCAACGAUGUCGGGCGGGAGUCAAGUACGGGGAGCAGCUCUAACAUGUAG